AUUUAUGUAAAUGUAGCAUAAGUAGCAGUACGAUAAAUUGAGAAAUAAUAUUCCUGUUAUUAGCUGUUUUGUAUUGCUUGCUUACUAGAAAUACUUUUGCUGUCACACUGCCAUAUUCCAUUUUAUUGGAUGGCAACAUUUCUAGCUUGCAGUAAUUGUAGAAUGUCUUCUUUUUAAAGUCAUAAUAAAAACAAGAAGCUAUAGAUAUCAAGUAUAAAAUGGAUUUAAUAACGAAAGUUCUUUAUCGGCUGUCGCUCUUCACAAGUCCCCAACUAGAUCUAUAUGUGCCAGCCACCACAGACUGCGUAGUAACUCCCGUCAACUAUACGUCCGUCGUCGACAUCUGUCCAUCACCCGGAUACAUCGAAGCAGGACAAACUGCUGACCUGCCUCCCGACAUAGCUCGCCUUGUAUCUUUUUUCAAUGACUCCGAAUGCCUGACACCAGGUUGCAUCCAGUCAGCUGCCGAUAUCUAUUCUAAUUUGGACGAAACUGCUGACCCUUGCGAAGACUUUUACCAAUUCGCUUGUGGCAACUGGAUGGAUAAACGUUUCAUUCCUGACUAUAACUCAAAAACUUCUGUAUUAUAUGAUACUCAAUCGAGCUUUUAUACCAAACUUAAAAAUCUCUUACAAGAGGAUGUUACAGAAAAGGAACCUUAUUUCAUUCAAUUAGUAAAAACGUUGUAUCAAAGCUGCAUGGAUACCGGUGCUUUGAAUAGUGAACCCCUGAAGAGUGUUUUGAAAAAUUUCGGACGCUGGCCGGUGGUUGAAGGCGAGAAAUGGAAUUCUACCUCCUUCGACUGGCUUGAAACUCUCAUUCAGUUACGCGAGUCUGGCUUCAGUCACAAUACUCUUAUGAGCUUGUCUGUUACGGAAGACCCUCAGGACUCCUUGGUUAAUAUCAUAGAGUUGGGCGAGCCAUCACUAGGAGUAGAUUGUGAAUUUUUGAAAAUUGGAUUAAAUGACUCCAACACAGCAAAUUACUUCAAUAAGAUGUUGACAGCUGCUAAUUAUUUGGGUGUAAAUAGAAGUACUUCAGAACAUGAACUACGGAAAGCUCUCGAGUUUGAAAUCAUGCUCGCCAAUUUCUGUUCACCACAUGAACAAAGAGAAAACAUGUAUUAUACAGUUGAUGAGCUUAUCAAUGAUAUUCAGCCGCAGAUUGACUGGCUUAAGCUCUUCAAUGGACUACUAAAUGAUCAAAUCUUUGAAAAUGAAACUGUGAUUGUUAAGAAUGUUGAUUUCGUGAGGAAGUUUGCGGAUUUCAUCACAAAAGCCGAAAAGAGAACGGUGGCUAAUUACAUGAUGUGGAGAGUUGUUAAGGAAUCUUUGCCGUUAUUGUCAUCGGCAUGGACAAAUUUGCAAGACAAUCCACAGCGCACUCGUUGGAAAUACUGCUUUUCUACCGUUAACAAAAACCUUGGAAUCGCUCUCGCCUCUUACUACCUACAAAAUUAUUUUGAUGAGGAAAGCCAGGCCAAAGCUCUAAAGAUUUUUGAAUAUAUACAAGAAGAAGUUUAUAAUAUGUUAGAAAACAUAGACUGGAUGGAUUUUCAAACUAAUGUGAAAGCAAAAGAAAAGGUUAUUGGCAUGAGAGCAUACUUUCAGUAUCCGACAAAGCUUCUGAAUAAUACAUAUGUCUCCGAUUUAUAUGCAGGGUUAACAUUUAGCAACGAAACGUACUUUGACAAAGAAAUGAUAGUGAAGAAAUGGUCGACAGAUAUCUCCUUCUCCAAGCUUCGGAAAUUUAACACCCUAGAAGAAAAGAAGAAGCGUGUAAGAACAGUUUUCAACCCGUUGGGAAAUAGCAAUGGUUUUCCAGAGCUAUUUGUAUUUCCAUUAUUUAUCAAGGAUCGAACUGCGUAAGUUAAU